CUCAACCUCUUCAUAGUCGUGAGAAUUAAAGAGAAAUAACAAGACUAAAGAGAAAGAUGAUGAACGCUAAUGGAUCAGAAUGGGUAUGGGGGUAUCUGUGCCUCGUACUUAACCUCGACGAUCAGAAAUUGUGCUCAAGUACGGUCACCAAAACCACCAAAGCCAUAGUCAUAAGAUGGGUUAUAUCGUUAUGGGUUCUUCUCCUGACUAUUGGUGUUGGAGGCUCAACCCCACCGCUCUUAACAAUCCAGAGCCCCGACGGCGACAUUGUUGACUGCAUUCUCAGAGAGAAUCAACUGGCAUUUCAGCAUCCCCUUCUGAAGAACCACAAACUUCAGGAACCACCCACACACAUACCAAAUAUGGUCGUAAAAGAAGCGGAAAUGGGCUAUAAGUGGCAAGUCUGGCACCAAACUGGAACAAGAUGUCCCGAGGGAUCGAUACCAAUUCGAAGGGUUAUUUCAAAGCAUAACGGAACUUCAAGCUCCAGCAUCAGUGAGAGGACUAAAAGUCACGAGUAUGUAAUAGGUAGUAUGGAAAACAAACCAAAAAUCUACGGAACACAGGUGACGAUGAACGUGUGGCAUCCCGUAAUAGAAGGCUUUAAUGAAUUCAGUCUGGGGCAAAUCUGGCUAACAUCAGGUUCUUACAAUGAUAGUGACCUAAACAGUAUAGAGGCUGGUUGGCAGGUUUAUCCAGACUUUUACAAUGACUCCCAGGCCAGACUGUUCAUUUUUUGGACCACGGACGCGUACAACUUGACCGGAGGUUACAAUCUUCGUACUGGCGGUUUCGUACAAACUAGUAAAGAAAUUAUGGUGGAAGGUGCAAUAUCGCAAACUUCUAUCUUUGGAGGCGAUCAAGUCGAUUUAACAAUCAGAAUAUGGAAGGAUACAAAAUCUAAGAGCUGGUGGCUAGGCAUCAUAAUUGGCCACAAUGUACUCGAGCCGGUGGGAUACUGGCCGGCCUCUCUUUUUACCAUCCAAACCGAUUACGCGGAGACGGUACAGUGGGGCGGCGAGAUCACUAAUAAAAACGAAUAUGGGCGGCACACCGAAACCCAAAUGGGGUCGGGGUAUUUUCCUGAUAGUGGAAGGGGGAAAGUUGCCUAUAUGAGCAACCUACAAAUUGCGUUAACUGAAAGUGAGUUCCAACCGCUCCAGGAUCUUUUCGUAGGAGCAACUCACCCCGAGUACUACCGAGGCAAAAAGUUGAACGACACAUGUUUUUACUAUGGGGGCCCACAGCAGCUUAACUCAAAAGCGGCUCAUCGUAUGCUGGACUACACUAUUCUGUAUUUUACUUUCGGCCUUUUUUUGCUCUUUUAGUUUUUUUUUUUUGAAUCUCGGCAGUGUUUUGAUUUGGAACGGUUUUCUAACCGAAGACAGUUUAAACAUUAUAUAACUACCGUGUUUAUCAAUUAAUGCGUGGUAACAACAAUUGGCAUACUUGACCACUUCAUUUCUUCUA